GGGAAAUUGACCUGUGUGUACAAACAUGUGGAAGUCUUCUUCGUGAAGCACAGUAUUAAUUGCAGUGUACAUUGAGAACUGGAUCCAACUGUAUUCAGAUAUUUCUGGCAUGCAAUGGAAUAAAUGUUGAAAAGGUUACCAUGGUAAAAUGGAUUGCAGCACUGUGUGCUAUAUUGAGCCAGAUCUAGACAUUGUUGGGCCACUUGUGUACACUGGAUGAAAGCCGCCAGAGCAGACAGUGAAAGCAAUUUUACAGGAUUUUAAACAAAUUUACAAAAAAUCUGCAUCCAUGGAUGAAAUGAAGAUGUAACAAUGUUUCGUCUGAGUGCAUGGACACCUCUCUAGAUGUUGUCAUGGAUAUAUUAGCAUGGAUUGAGCAUUCUGCGGAUGCUAUGCUGUUUGAGAGUGAUUCACCUGUGGUAGUGAAUGUUGGGCGACACCUGAAAUGAUGAGUUGAAUUAUGGGUAACAAGCUGUGCGCGCCGCUGCUAAAGAGGAGUUACCGAAAUGAGAGUUACCCAUGGCAUGCGCGGAAAGAUUCACAUCUGCUGAGGUUGUGGGCAGAUGUGUUUCAGGUUCAUGGGAAUGGCGAAUACAUGCGAUGGCAGCGUGUGUCUGAUGACGUGGUCCCAAUCAACAUCACCUGCAUCGAAGACACGCCCAGUACCGUUUUCCAGAUAACAGCGUACAACAGACAUGUCGAGAAGAUCUUCGACGUCAAAAUUUCUCAGCCAGGUACGAUCAUCUGCCCCGCCACAGAAUGUUUUGUUCACUGGCGUGACCCGGUGAGCGGCUGUGAGUGGGGUCUCAACUUCCAGACACCGACCGACGCCUGCCGCUUUAAAGACUGCUGCUCAUUUCCCACACAACGAUUUGCACGGAAGGCGUCGUCUGCCAAUUCUCUCCAGCUCAGUCCGCCCAAGAGAGUUCGAAGCAAGACAGCUUCUGCAUCUUCUCCUAGCUCUCCAAGCCACCAGCGUCAAGGUCAAGGCCAGGCCGAUCAGAGUGAGGACGGGACCCUGUGAUCAUCUCGAUGUGGCUGUUGUGCGCGUGCAGCAGCG